AGGACGUAACGGCGAGCGUCGUAAUUGAAAGAGGACACAUUCAAGUCUAACGAAGAUGGGACUAACGGAGAGAGACAAAACGCACAGCAGCAUCUCCUGUAGGAUUCGUCGUUUGUCGAAAGUGAGCGAGAAGGACGAGUAAAGCAAGAGGAAGAGAACAGCCAAAUACUCGUUGGAAGGAGCGGAGAGGAAGGGCGAAAGCCAGGAGGGGUAAGGAGCUCUCAAAUUUGGUUGGCUGUCGCUUUCCACCGUUUUGUCGUGCGUGCCUAUCCCUCUUCAGGCGAGAAUCGGAGAAGAUCGACUGUAGUCGAAGGUAGUAGUGGGGUUGGUACACCGAGGAGGGACAGGAGUAAGCAAGCAAAAGAGAAGAAGGCAGGAGAGAGACAGACUCGUGUUUCGGCUAAGUAUUUGGACGAGACAGGAGGGAGAAGUUUAAGCGAGAGGAAGAGAGAGAAACUGAGAAAGAGCGAGAGAAAAAUAUAACGGAGAAAGCAAGAAGGACGAGAGUUCUUCCAAUGAAGGGAGCGUGAUGGAACGAUGGAGUCUUCGUGAGAGAAAGAGAAAGUUUUAUAACGUUAAACGGAGAAAGACAUGAUUCGCUGAUGUGUUGGAGAAAGGAGAAAGACGUUCGAGAGAACGAUAGAGCGAGUGGAAGAGAGACGAUUAUAGAGAACGAGGGGAAACGCGUGGAGGUCUGAGAGAGAAAGGCAGAAUUCGAAGAGUCGGCAAGUGACGACGAGAGGGGGUGGCGAGUAUUGGCGAAGGAAGCAGUGUGGGGCGGAACACGGACGAGGGAGGGAUGAGGGGAGGAGAAUGGUGCCUUGGCGCGAGCUCUCCAAACUACAGAAUUUCAACGACAGAACAGACUUGUGCCGGCGUUCGUACGACACGGUUCUACGAUAGUAGUGAGCAAGUGUAAAUCCGAGAAGAGUGAGAGAAAGAGAAGAAGAGAGGAAAAGGAGAAGAAAAAGAGAGAUGUGGGAAAGUGGGGGAGACCGAACGGAGGGGUGACGGCAAGGUUGAGGUGGUUGCGUCUCAUUGUGUUUGCGGCUUCACUUCUGUUCUCGCAGUAUAUCUGUAUACCGGAAUACGUAACGUCAGGUGAUCACUUUUCAGACACCCACGAUCAAUUGUGAACAGAGAGACUCCGAAUAAACUACUACAAGUGAACCGCGCUCGUGAUAGUUUUUAAAAUAAAGAUCGUUGGGAGUUUUAGAAAUUAGAAAGCUCGUUUUGGAAAUUCAAAUUCUUCUUUCGGAACACCGUAUGACGCCGUCUCAUCAAACGAAGGCGACCUUGCUCCGAAUCGAAGAAUGCAGAUACAAAGGCCACUAGCAUGCCACUCGAUAUGUAAAUCAUGAGCGAUACGCGCGUUCGCUUUUAUUUUGUUUUGUUCGUUCGGCCGCCGAGGUAACCGGCAUCAUUCGAAUCUCGUUAUCGAAAGCCGCGUCCCCGGCAUCAAAGUGGAAUUUAGCAAGCGGUACCGUCUCGCUGUCGUCGACGUCGUCGUCGACACGUCGUCUAGUCGAGGCCGACGAUGCCGCAUGCGGUGAUCGUGAUUUUUCGAGCGACAUUGAAAUGGAAAUUCGCGUUUAGAGUCAGUGCAGUCAUAUGAUAAAUGUAGAACACGGUGUAUCCCCUCGUUUUUUUUGUUUUCUAGUUCCUUCUCCUUUUUUUUGUUUAAAAAGCCUCUCCCUCAUCUAUCCCUAUCCAUCGCUGUCGGCUCAACUGUCAGUCAAAGACGCGAUGUUACGCUCCUACUGAGAUUGAAUCCUCAAUCGUACAUGUGACACUCAACGGUGCCGCUUCGCGUUAUCACCCGUCAUCGUCGUGCCCAUAUAUUUCAUGUGAUUCUAUCGCGUUCUAUAUGGGACGCAAUUCAGUGGCAAGGUGAAACAAUCGAAAACAAAAAGAAAAGGAAGUCGUCUUACUUGCGCGCGCGCAUACAAGCGCAUGUCAGGUACUCAUGUAUAUUUUGUUCAGUUUCAUUCUGUUCGCGUUGUGCAUAGACUACUGUUUGAUCGUGUGUAUCGCGAGUAAACGACGAUUGAAGUGCAUGACUUGACCGUCGAGACGAAGGGAGAGGACAAUAUGAGUGAAAUGACGAGUGCCGUUGAGACGCAACAACAACAGCAACAGUACGUAGACGGUAGUUCGAAUGCGAAGCUUCACUGCAAGGAUUGCGGUGUAAAAUUCGAGAGCGAAAAAAGUCUAGAGGUGCAUCUGCGUUAUCAACACGAAAAUUUGCUAAAUCAAUGGGCCAAUAAGACACAGCAGGAAGAGAGCAAUAACAACCAUAGCAAGACUGGUAAUCAUAAUAGUCACGUGAGCCGGGACAACGUGCCGGCGGACACGAGUGAAGCAUCAUCGAUGUCGCCCUCUCAAGAUUCAACAUCCUCGCAACAAACGCAGCAGCAGCAACAAUCACAACAAUCUCACACACAACAACAGUCUGCUGUACUUAUAUGUUCGCCAUUCGAUCAUUUUCGAACUCCAAUGUAUAACGACGGCUACUACAUACAGAACGAUCAGCCUUUCAUCUUGUCUCAUCACUUUUCGCCAUCACAGGAAGACGGCCAGAAUAACGGCAGUCGCGAUGGUAGUUUUCGCUAUCAUCCGUACCAACAUCAGCAAUUGUAUUCCUCAGAUCGCACGACUUCUAACUCUACCAGCCCGCAAAGCCCGCCUUUUCAAUGUGACAAGUGCGGCGCCGUGUAUGAGGACACGAAUCAAUUAGGUGAGCAUAUGAGAACGAAUCAUUUGGAUUCGCCUACCGCGUAUCCAUCCGCACCUCAAUAUCAGCAACUGGGCAAUAGUCCUCAGCAGCAAGGCCAGCAGAUGCACCCGUCACCGCCUCUCUCGAAUCAACCGCAACAAUCUGGUUACGAUUAUAACGGAGUACAGACAAUCAAGACCGAAAUGAAGCAAGAACAGCCUGAAGAGCAAGCUGAGAUCCUUGACUUGGAUUCUCAUAAAGUACACCGAUAUGAAGAAGAGAUAAUGAGAAUGCAGCAGCAGCAGCAGCAGCAGCAGCAACAGCAGCAGCAGCAACAACAACAGCAGCAGCAGCAGCAGCAGCAACAACAAGGACUUCAGAUGCAGAUGCAUCAUCAACAGGUGAUGCAACAACAGCAGUCGCAGAGAAUAGAAUCGCUUUCGGUAAGUUCUAUGUUGAACUGGCAAACUAUGACUCAUGAUUAUGCUGGACACCCGUCAAUGGGUUCCAUAAACAAUGUUCCACCUAUCACUGAUCAGGAUCAAUACAUGCGCGGUCAACAUAUGCCUGUGGAGCACGGGCAUCAAGGUUCACCAAUACUCGCAAGCACGCAACCAAUACCGAGCCAUCAGAUAUCGGCUGGAUUCGUGCAGCAAACACCGAAAGCGCCACCGUUGGCGAAUCAAUCUUGGAAAAGCAACGAGCCACGCCGUCCAAAGACAUACAAUUGCACUGCGUGCAACAAGUGGUUUACAAGUUCAGGGCAUCUGAAGAGACAUUAUAACACCACGCUCCACAAGAAUGCUGUAAAAAAUGGAAAGGAUCCUGAUCCAGCAACUUUACCGGUCACCAGUCAUCAUCAUCCCAAUAGAGAUAAUAGCGCUGGUCAUUCAACGAGCGGUAGGGGCGGUUGCGCUCCCGCGCGAUCUCCACCGGACUCUUCGCGGAGUCCCCCAAACUUGAUGGCAGGUCCCUCGGGCGAGGCGACGGGGGGCCUGCUUCACACGCCCACCACGCUCUGCAGCAACAAUUCCAGCAGCAACAACAGCAGCGAAUCUUUAGCGGUCCUGGUGCAGCACCAGCAUCAGCAGCCGCAACUGAUCCCUCUAGGAAUAAUCAAUUCCCCGGUGUCAUCGCCACUGGCGGGGCACCAUCAGCAACAAAUGGGUACUGCGCCUCACCAAAUGGGCCUCCAGCAGCAGCAGCAACUUCACCUGCCAACGGGUUCAUCGGGCCAGCCGGUGCAUCAUUCCACGACUUCGCCCACCAUGGCCCCACCGGCGGCAUCGCACAUGAAUUGCCCUUCACCAAUGGAUUCAUCAUCCCACCCGGUUCAUCACAUGAACUCGCCGCCCGGCUCGGGCCAUCCAGCAAUGACUUCAUCCACGGUGAUGGGGGGUACUACGAUGCCUCCUCAGCCGUACCCAAACGCCUUGCCCCCCCACGUUACAAUUACUACCAACAUCCCGGCGGUCCCACUGGAAUCUACCCAAGCACCUACCACCAUGCAGCUAGUUACUAUUGGUAACGACCAAAACAAGCAGCCACGACGCUUGUUGCCCGGUUUUAAUACCAUCAUGUCGAAUUUCUCGGAAUUCGAAUUUGUCGUAGAUCAAAACCAUCAGACACAGACCGUUAACGUGGGGGGGCUCAAUGUAGAGGAGAUCGCUCCUCAAGAGUCCUUUGAAGCUUCAACAUCGACCUAUGACCCAUUUUCAUCAACGCGUUACAAGUCGUUGAAUGAUGUAGACAUAACGAUGUUGCAAACAAAUGGAAGUAAUAUGGUGCAGCAAAAUCAAGAUUCAGAAAUGACGUUGUUGAGAUAUGAAUUCAAUCGAAAAAUUGAUAUACAGAAUAACAAUCAUCUGCCGCCAAGGCAAGCAAAGGAGGAUUUGGAUCCAAAUAUCGGCUUGCAGCCAAAGAAAGAGCGUAAAAGCAAAAGUAAUAAUACGGACAAGCAAAAUGACAUCAUCAUCAUCAAUGCUAAUUACAUUUCGCAAGACGGCAUCUAUAAGUGUCUCGAUUGCAAUAAAAAUUUCAACAAGCCCUGUUAUUUGACACAGCACAACAAGAGCUUUCAUUCGGGCAUUAGACCGUUUAAAUGCAACCUGUGCGGCAAACGGUUUUCAAACGAAGAGAAGAACCGAAAGCAUUUGGAAAUGCACGCGUUGGCCAGAAAACAUCAAUGCAACACGUGCCCAAAGGUAUUCGCACAUAAAACUGAUCUUAAACGGCACACCUGUAUUCACACUGGUACAAGACCCUUUAAAUGUGAUACUUGCGGUAAGGGAUUCAUCAGACAAGAUCAUAUGAGGAAACAUCAGGAAACACAUAACAAAAAAACGCGGAUAAACAACCAACGGCAAUCCGCUCAGCGACUCCAUAAUUCACGAGUCAAUGCUCAACAAGGCAACAACGCUCAAAGGCCCAACAAUGAUCCACAAUGUUCACGGAUCAACGUUCAAUUCAAUAGCAACUGCAUGGAAUUAUAAAGACACAUGUCCUUGGGAUGUCUACGUUCGAUUGGAUGCGCAGCCUCGAGAUCGUCCUAAUAACAAAACGCGAGACUACUAAAUUCUAAGUGAGAAAUCAAUCAACGAGCUGCGUGGCGGCUGCUAUUAUAUCUCGCCGCGAAAAAUCUCACGAGCAAUCGACGAUGUAUCGUCUUAUGAGUGUGACAAUCGAGAUCCACGAAAUGCGAGAUGUUUGCUUAAAUGCAUAUCCUGAACGCGUAUUUAACGCUGAAUGUGACCGAAUUAUAUUUGUCCAAUGCAGAAGAGUUCAAGCUUUAGUAAAAGGUGGCAAAACUCGGACGGCCACAUUCCAGCGAUACUUGCGCGAUACAAUCACGAGUCUUAUGUGCCUCGCAGAGGUGAAAUCAUUCCGAAAAGACGAAAGAAAAAAAGAACAAUCGGCAAUUGUCCAAGAUUGCCGAAUCGUAAUACUUGUUAUAGUACUCGUUGCCGAUCGGCAACAUCGGGGAAGCCAUCCAGCCGCGAGUCGCGGUUUGCGCGCGCAUUCUCAUAUAAAAAUACAAUUAACUCUGUAACUACUAGCCCUUUCGAGAGGAGCACACUGCCGCCACGAGAAAAAUUCAAAGGGAAUUAAGAAGCGAGGGAAGCCGUGAAGUAAAAAGCUCGAGCGGAUCUCGAUCAUGCAAACCGCGUAGAUUUGUAUACGGGUGCGUGUCCGCACUCGUGCACUCGUACUGCGCCGAUUACGUAUAUGACGAACGCCAUACACAAGUACCUCAUGAUACAAAACACAUGUACAAAUGUUCAUACGUUUUCAGAAUAAUAUUAGCUAAUUAAUAAAUAAUGAAUAUCCAACGGUGA